AUGGAAAUAUUUUCACCCGUAAAGUCUCCAGGCAGGAAAAGACGAGCUGCAGAAGCAGUCACCGGCUCAUCGUCUUCGUCAUCGUCAACAUUGCCAGGAACAACAGCAGGAACUAAACGUCGAAGGUCUAUUAUGAAAAUGAACGCCAACGAUGGUGGAUCUAGUACUAUACCACCAUUAGAUGAUAUGCUGACUAUGGAUUCAGAGAACGACACACCAACCACUGAUGAAACGACCAGAGAUAAGGGUAAAUCAAGAAAGUCGUUCGGAAGACGGGUAUCAUUUGCUGCUACUGCUCAUGUCAGAUUAUUCGACAAGGAGGAUAGUCAAUGGCCUACUCCUUCCAGAACUAGAUCACAAAUAGAACUGCCUUCUGCCGCCCCAACUCCAGAAAGCAAAACUACUUUUGAUUUGCCUGACUUGUCGUCUCUUCGACGUACCAGUGAUACUUUUAAUCUGCAAUUAUCGUUGGACACCUCCCAAAUCCAAGAAAAUGCUGCAGAGUCGGUCUCGGAUGAACCAGAGACGAGCUUUGAAGUAGAUGUCAAAGGAAGCAACUCUCCAGACAACAAUGUGGAUGGAGUAAAGCAACAACGAAUAUUAGCUAGUCCAUCACCUGCUGGCUUUAUUCUACCAAAACCAAAGUCUCCCAUGCCAAAAUCGCCUCUUGGAAAACCAUCACCUUCACCUAAAAGGAAUCCCGUUCGACGUGAUUCUACCUCCCAAUUCUUUGAUCAUCCAUCACCACGAUCACCUAAAGUGCCACACCACGCGGUUUCACAAGUAAAUCAGGACAGUCCAUUAUCUAGACGAUCCCCUCGCUUAUCACAAGGUGGUAUUGGCUCUCCAGCAUCACCUGCAGUAAACAAAAAAGUAACAUUGACUGCUGCUCGAAAGUCUCCAGCCAAACCAGAUACUAAAUCUAGGCCUCGAGACUCGAUUGCUGGAUUUUUUGGGUCAGCUGAGAAUGAAGAUGAUACAUUCAGAGACAUUUUGGGUGGACGACCAAGUCGACCACGUGAUAGUCUUGCUCCCAUCUUCAGAAAGCCGAGUAGAGCUCCAGUGACUAGCGGUGCCAAAGCAAGGCCUAGAGAUAGUAUUGCUCCCUUCUUCCAGGGCUUGACAGAAGGAGGAUCUGAUGAACGAGAUAUCGCAUCAUCAGCAGAGUCUGUAGUCAGUGAGCCAGAUGAGAUUUUAGAUGAUGAUGAUGACGAAGAGGACGAGGAGGGUGUUGCAGCGAGACGACAUUCAUCUGAAGAUAGUGCUGCUGACGUGUUGAUGCCUAUGGAUGAGAAUUCCAUUUCUCCGCUCGUUGAAGUAGCAUCCGCAUCUCAAGAACUUCUCAAAGAUGCUGGUGCAGAUCAAGAUCUGUUAAAGGAAGACCAACCCGAAAGAGUGGAAUCAGAUGAACAAUCAAUGAUUGAUCUGCAAGAAGUGUCUAUGGAUCUCAACACCUCAAGCGAGGAUCUGAUAGCCAUAAUUAACCCUCUGGCUCUGAAUGAAGAUUAUGAGAUACCUGCCUCUGACGAAAGAGAUUCUGAACCCUCGAAUACUAUAAGUUCAACCUCAGAGCAGUCAGACUCUCAACCAUCAGAUUCUCGACCAUCGGGUUGUGAGCGUUCAAAGCCUGAAUUAUCGGAGGCUCAAGACCUUGCCUCUCCUGAACGUCCAUUCCAGCCAGCCAGUACUGAAAAAGGCCCUCAGAAUGAAGUCGAGGCCGAGCCUGAAACACCAAAGAUUGCUCGCAUUGAUACUGGAAUGACUCCACUUGGCAAGCUGGCAUCUGCAAUAAAAUCGAGGGCUCGUCUUACUGAGUUGACGCGUCAAUCUGAUUUUAAUGGCAUGAGAGGCUUUGCUGACACUACGCCGCUCGUAUUCCAAAAACACAAGUUGGAAGAAAACUUUUUACGAGACCCAAGUCUUGAUACAACUCGAUUUUCAAGCUUGUUGGCUCGUCGUGGAGCUAUAGAUGAUUAUUCUUCAAACAGUCAGUCCACAUCAACAUUCAGUUUGCCACGAGAAGUUCCACCUCAAGUCACUUCUGCUGAUGAGUCUCAAUUAUCUCUCGCGGCAUUCUUGAAUGUAGCUGGUAUUACGUUUACAGAGCCGAGCACUACCCCAGCAAGGAAACGAGCCACUCAUACUACUUCGAGAUCUUUUGAUCUUCCACGACCAGAUGAUUUGUACGUUGCUGAAAAGUUUGUGAAGCCUGAAUACGAAUUGUAUUCCAAGGUCAACGAAGACCUUGCCCAAGAAACUUCACGCUUGGCCAAUGUAUUGCAAGUUAUUGAAACGGAAGCUGAUGAGAAUCCACCACUCUUGUUUGCUGAUUACCAGUCAGGAUCAACAGAUGAGCAGGCCAGUGUUAGAAACGAUUUGCACAUGACCAAGCAAUAUACCAAAUUGGUUACUCAAGAACAAUUCUUGAAUCGUCGUAUCACCGAUUUGAACUCGUUGCUGCCUAAAAUCACUUCUUCAGUGGAGACAAUGAGAGAGGAUCAAGGUCGUAUUGUUGCAUUCUCAGAGCAGGUCAAGGAAGUGACGACCAAGCUUACCAAUGAGCAGCAAUCCCUGAAGGAUAAAUGUGCCUCCAUUUCGGAUAGACGUCAAGCUCAAGAAACGAGCCGCUUGGAAGCACUGAGAAAAGAGUGGGAUGAAUGCCAGACGCAUCGCCGUCAGCUUGAAAUGGCCUUGACUCUAGCUCAAUCAACUUUGGAGAGUACGAAAGAUGAACUUGGUAGUGUUACGAAUGAAUUGACUGAGACCGCGCAGGCAAUUGUCGAAGCACAGAAGAAGUGUGAAGAAAACAGACCAGUGUAUGCUGCAGAUCUUGAGAGCUUGAGAGACGAGUUCAGACUCAUUCGAGCAUCAAGUCAAUGGGCACCUACUCGAGUCACUCCCACAUCAAUCACUUUGGUCUAUCAUGACAAGGUCACUGUCGGAUUCACCCAAACUUCAGGCAAUAUGUUUAAUGUCUCUGUGACGGUUGAACCUCCACUCGAUACGGUAAUGGAACUGUUUAAAGCAGCUUUGCAAAACUCCCCCGUACAAGUUCAAGCCAAGGACUUUGUAAAUGUCUUGCACUCCGUAUCGUCAGUAUGGGAUUCAUCAUGUGCACUGGUCCACGACCUUGGUGAAGCACAAACCGUCACCAAACUAGAAGUACUACCAGCUCACGAUAGUUCUCUACUCUCACUUGGAAUGAUAAUCUUUAGCAAGAAGGCACAAACUCGAUGUCGUGUCCAUCUUGCAAUUCAGCAACCGCUAGAGUAUCCUGAUGGGCUGAUUCAACAUGCUGUGCAGAUCGAGUAUGGAAGCAUCAAUGAGGACAAGUUAAAACAAGUGAUUGCUCGAAACUUUGGGCCAGGAAGGCUCUCACUUAUAUGUAAAGAACUUGUGAGGGGUAUAUUUUAA